GCGGCGGCGGCGGCAUCCCCGAGACUCCUCGAGCUACCUUUCCCUCUGACAGCCACUGACGUUCUCCGCCGCUAGAAGAGACCCCGCUUCUCCGGCGCCCGCCUGCCCUCCCCCCUCCCAGCCCCAGCCCCAGCCCCAGCCCCAGCCCCGCCAGCACCGCUACCUCCGCCAGCAUUGCCACCAUCAGCACCACCUCCACCACCACCACCACCACCAACACCACCACCACCACCACCACCACCGCCGGCGGCGGCAGCAGCCAUUUCAUCUCCACAGAAACCAGACACAAAAACAUGGCAGAAAUGGAGAAAGAAGGGAGACCUCCGGAAAAUAAAAGGAGCAGGAAACCGGCUCACCCAGUGAAAAGGGAGAUCAAUGAGGAAAUGAAGAACUUUGCAGAAAACACUAUGAAUGAACUCCUUGGCUGGUAUGGCUAUGAUAAGGUUGAAUUGAAAGAUGGUGAAGAUAUUGAAUUCAGGAGCUACCCUACCGACGGAGAGAGCCGGCAGCACAUUUCUGUUCUCAAAGAAAAUUCUUUGCCAAAACCCAAAUUACCCGAGGACAGUGUUAUUUCACCAUACAAUAUAAGCACAGGCUAUUCCGGGCUUGCCACAGGAAACGGACUCAGUGACUCACCUGCAGGGUCCAAGGAUCAUGGCAAUGUGCCCAUUAUUGUACCUUUAAUUCCUCCACCUUUCAUAAAGCCACCAGCAGAAGAUGAUGUGUCAAAUGUACAAAUAAUGUGUGCCUGGUGCCAGAAAGUGGGAAUCAAGCGCUAUUCCCUGAGUAUGGGAAGUGAGGUGAAAAGCUUCUGCAGCGAGAAGUGCUUUGCGGCCUGCCGACGAGCCUACUUCAAGAGAAAUAAGGCUAGAGAUGAAGAUGGACAUGCUGAAAAUUUUCCCCAGCAGCACUAUGCUAAGGAAACUCCAAGGCUUGCCUUCAAGAAUAACAGCGAACUACUUGUAUGUGACUGGUGUAAGCACAUAAGACACACAAAAGAAUACCUGGAUUUUGGGGACGGGGAACGAAGGCUUCAGUUCUGCAGUGCAAAAUGUCUCAAUCAAUACAAAAUGGACAUUUUCUACAAAGAGACACAGGCCAAUCUUCCAGCUGGGUUGUGCGGCACACUACACCCUCCCAUGGAAAAUAAAGCAGAAGGCACCGGGGUGCAGCUGCUCACUCCAGACUCUUGGAAUAUCCCUCUAACAGAUGCUCGGAGGAAGGCCCCCUCCCCGGUGGCUGCAGCUGGCCAAAGCCAGGGCCCUGGCCCAUCGUCGUCCACCACCGUCUCUCCAUCUGACACUGCCAACUGCUCUGUCACUAAAAUCCCCACGCCAGUGCCCAAGUCCAUGCCCAUCAGCGAGACGCCAAACAUCCCUCCUGUCUCUGUCCAGCCACCUGCUAGCAUCGGGCCUCCCCUCGGUGUCCCGCCUCGCAGCCCUCCCAUGGUGAUGACCAACCGCGGCCCGGUGCCGCUGCCCAUCUUCAUGGAACAACAGAUCAUGCAGCAGAUCCGCCCGCCCUUUAUUCGCGGGCCGCCGCACCACGCCUCCAACCCCAACAGUCCCCUGUCCAACCCCAUGCUCCCUGGCAUCGGGCCCCCACCCGGCGGCCCCAGGAACCUGGGCCCCACUUCCAGUCCCAUGCACCGGCCCAUGCUGUCGCCCCACAUCCAUCCCCCCAGCACCCCGACCAUGCCUGGGAACCCCCCGGGCCUGCUGCCCCCACCGCCCCCGGGCGCGCCCUUGCCCAGUCUCCCCUUCCCGCCGGUGAGCAUGAUGCCAAAUGGCCCGAUGCCCGUGCCCCAGAUGAUGAAUUUCGGGCUGCCAUCGCUCGCCCCGCUGGUGCCGCCCCCCACCUUGCUCGUGCCAUACCCCGUGAUCGUGCCCCUGCCCGUGCCCAUCCCCAUCCCUAUUCCCAUCCCUCACGUCAAUGAUUCCAAGCCCCCCAACGGAUUCUCCAGCAACGGGGAGAACUUCAUUCCGAGCGCCCCUGGCGACUCUUCAGCGUCUGGAGGCAAGCCAGGCGGACACUCCCUGUCCCCCAGGGACUCCAAGCAGGGCUCGUCCAAGUCUGCGGACUCGCCGCCCGGCUGCUCGGGCCAAGCCCUGAGCCUAGCGCCCGCGCCCGCGGAGCACGGCCGGGGCGAGGUGGUGGACCUGACGCGGCGCGCAGGCACCCCGCCGGGCGCGGGCGGCCAGCUCGGCUUCCCCGGCGUGCUGCAGGGCCCGCAGGACGGCGUCAUCGACCUGACCGUGGGCCACCGGGCCCGGCUGCACAACGUGAUACACCGCGCGCUGCACGCGCACGUCAAGGCGGAGCGCGAGCCGGGCGCCGCGGAGCGCAGGACCUGCGGCGGCUGCAGGGACGGCCACUGCAGCCCGCCAGCCGCCGGCGACCCGGGUCCGGGCGCCCCCGCGGGCCCCGAGGCCGCCGCGGCCUGCAACGUCAUCGUGAAUGGCACGCGCGGCGCCGCCGCCGCGGCCGAGGGCGCCAAGGGCGCGGAGCCGCCGCCGGAGCAGCCCCCGCCGCCGCCGCCGCCCGCGCCCCCCAAGAAGCUGCUGUCGCCCGAGGAGCCGGCGGUGAGCGAGCUGGAGUCGGUCAAGGAGAACAACUGUGCUUCCAACUGUCACCUGGACGGGGAGGCGGCCAAAAAGCUGAUGGGGGAGGAAGCCCUGGCGGGGGGCGACAAGUCAGACCCGAACCUUAAUAACCCCGCGGACGAGGACCACGCGUACGCUCUGCGGAUGCUGCCCAAGACGGGCUGCGUGAUCCAGCCUGUGCCAAAACCCGCGGAGAAGACUGCCAUGGCGCCGUGCAUCAUCUCCUCGCCCAUGCUCAGCGCCGGGCCGGAGGACCUGGAGCCUCCGCUCAAAAGGAGGUGCCUCCGAAUUAGAAAUCAGAAUAAGUAAAAGGAACGCUCACUCACAGGGUCCCCUGCGUGGAGAGAGGGCGCAGAGCAAACCAUGUCACGCCAUCCAAUGACACCAGCUGGUCAGCUCACCACCCCCUCUGGCUGAAACUCAA